ACUUUGAUGUUGUUAUUACAUAAUAACGCUUUACGACUGACCAUUUACACUGCGCGGAUACUAAAUAAAUCAAUUAUGCGGGAAUUCAAAAAUAUGAAAUGACUUGAAUUCCUGUCGCUUUGUAAAACAAUGAAGUAUUCCUGACCCCCCGAGUUGAGAAACCGGUUGUGUUGACCUGGUGUGGUGGUAUCUGUCUGACCAGUCUCUCAGUCUCUCUCAGUCACUGACUUAAUGACAAACACAUUUCGUUUUGUCAAGCAAAACAUUAAAAGAUCCACGUUUUGCACGUACCCUCGAAAAAACAACGUGCAUUUAUCGGACAGACAGGAUCGAGAUCAAGCCUAUAGGCCUACUGUACAUUAAAGGUGGCACCUACGCAGUUUGAUGAUGUUGGGUCAGGACAGGAAAAUAUGGACCACCGGUCAAUCUCGAAACACCAUAGAGUCUUUUUGGUCUGACAGUCCUCCAGAGACCAUGACACCAGCCAUCUCCAGAACCACUGCAGGGGAGAUAAACCAUUGGUGGAGCCAGAUGAAAUUUCGCCACCAGCACAGGAAGGGAUGGAAUGAAAUGUUAGAUGAGACCUUUCUCAUGCAGAGCAAGAGAGAAAAUGACAUUCGCCUUUUUUCCGCCACCAAGGAAAAUAAUGCAGCCUGUAUAAAGAAACUUCUGGAUUGUGCAUCUACAGAUAUCUUUGAGAGAGGUGAGCUCGGAGAGACGGCUUUGCACGUGGCUGUGUUGAAUAAUAAUUUCGAAGCAGCUGUGGCAUUAAUGGAUGGAGCACCAGAGCUCAUUAAUGAACCUAUGACAUCUGAACUUUACCAAGGUCUAACUGCCCUCCACAUUGCUGCGGUUAAUCAGAAUGUCAACAUUGUCCGAGAGUUAAUAGUUAGAGGGGGUGACGUGGCGACACCCAGGGUCACCGGCAUGUACUUCCGCAAAAGAAGAGGAGGUCUUCUGUACUUUGGUGAACACAUCCUGGCAUUUGCAAGCUGUGUGGGGAAUGAAGAAAUCAUCUCAAUGCUAUUAAAAGCCGGGGCCAAUAUUCGGGCUCAGGAUACCUUGGGUAAUACAGCCCUGCAUUUGUUAGUGUUGCAGCCCAAUAAAACAACGGCUUGUCGGAUUUUUGAUAUCCUGAUGGCGCGAGAUGCAGAGAUGGAGUCUACCCUCCCUCUAGACAUGAUUCCUAACUACAAAGGCCUCACAUCUUUCAAACUCGCUGCUAAGGAGGGCAACCUUGUGGUAUUCCAGCAUUUGGUUAACCGCAGACGUGUUAUUCAGUGGAGUCUGGGACCAUUGUCAUCCAACCUUUAUGACCUGACUGAGAUUGAUUCCAGAGUGGACGACCUCUCCGUGCUUGAGAUAAUUGCCAGCAGUCAGAAGAGAGAGGCCAGGAGAAUUCUCGAGCUGACUCCAGUACGUCAGCUUGUCAGUCUGAAGUGGAAUCUUUACGGGAAACAUUACUUCAGGUUGUUGAUGCUGGUGUAUCUGCUGUACAUUAGCAUAUUUACUGUGUGUUGUGUAUACCGCCCUCUAAAGGAUCUUCCCGAGAAUUACACCAAAGCUGACAACGACCAAACCACAAAAAUGCAAAAAAACUUAAAGGAAAGUUAUCAGACACAUGCAGAUCACAUGCGUUUGAUUGGAGAGAUUAUCAGCGUCAUAGGAGCCAUUAUAAUUCUACUGUUAGAGAUUCCCAGUAUUUUGCGAGUGGGGGCUAAACGCUACUUUGGCCAAAGCGCACUCGGAGGCCCUUUCCAUGUAACUUUGGUUUGCUAUGCAAGUUUGGUCGUGAUUCUGUGCAUUCAGAGGGUGAGCGGAUUGGCCGGAGAGGAUGUGCUGAUGGCUUGGUCUCUGGUUCUUGGCUGGUCCAACAUGAUGUACUUUGCCAGAGGUUUUGAGAUGUUGGGUCCCUAUGUUAUUGUUAUUCAAAAGACAAUAUUUGGAGAUUUGACAAAGUUCAUGUGGUUGUCCCUCAUUUUCCUCAUUGCAUUUUCCACUGCCUUGUGGAUGGUGUACAUGACUCAAGACCCUUAUGCUGUACCAGCGUACUGCUCCUUCCCCAUCACCAUAUUUUCCCAGUUUGAGCUAAGUAUCGGACUGAUAGACCUGCCUGUGGAACACACUAUCUACACCCAUCCGGUCGUACACUGCCUCCAUGUGUGCUUUAGUGUGGUCUCUUAUAUCCUCCUGUUCAACCUCCUGAUCGCCAUGAUGAGUGACACACAGUGGAGGGUCACCCGGGAACGUGAUGAACUCUGGAGGGUCCAGGUGGUGGCCACUACUCUGAUGCUCGAAAGAAGGUUUUCACUGCGUCUGUGGCCAAGGCUGGGUGUCUCUGGUCUGCCUUAUGGCCUCGGUGAACACUGGUACCUCCGGGUGGAGGAUCGCAAUGACCUGUUUGCACAAAAAAUGAGACGUUAUAUAAGCGCAUUCUCCAGGGAUGAAGAAAUUGAGGAAAAGGGGAAGGGUAGUACCACAAAUGAUCCAUUGCAAACCAGUUCUACUGUGGAGCACAAGCCCUUGGCCAAAAGGAGACCACUAAGAUGUUGGAAUAUUAUUCGUCAGAGUAUAGAAUGUGAAAAAGAAGAAAAUGUGGAUUCCCCAGAUGUGAAGUUUGUCUGAAAACAGGUCAAUAUUAAAGGGACGGUUCACCCAAAAAUGACAAUUCCUUCAUCAUUUACUCUGUUUGCGCUCUGUCCGGGUCUCCCGUUAGUAUUUGAGUGUGAUUGACGCGCGUCUACAUCUAAAUACGCAGUCGCAAACAGACAAAAGUCAUUCAGGUUUAAAAUGACAUGACGGUGAGUAAAUUAUGACAAAAUGUUCAUUUUUGGGUGAAUUAUCACUUUAAGUUAUGUAAAUUUAAAUGUUGACGUAUAUGUGUAAAUUCCAGUUAACUUAUUCUGAAUUAUUUUAGUGUUUUACAGUUUUAAAUAUAGAGAAUCUGCAUUUGGUAAACAAACUUGAACUGUGAAAUCAGUAGAAGCAAUACAAGUGACAUUUUUCAAUGAGAAGUACAGUAUGUACAACAUUUAUUUUAGUACAAUGAGAUGAUUUAGUUACAAAGGAAUCUGAACAAACUGUCGGUAUAGUUAAAAUGUAUUGAGUUAUAAUUGUGAAAAAUAAACUAUAUCAUAAUAAACUUCUAAAAAACA